AUGUCAACAGCAACAGAACAACACAAUUAUGUACAACACCAGUUGGGAGACAAGUCAUCUCCUAUUGUCACAUCAGUCAACGCAGCAUCAGCCCAAUCACCUGAUUUGGUUAGACUCGCCGAUGAUGAACGUCCACAAUUGCAAGUCGACCCAAAGCCAGCCCAAACCGCCAGUACUGCUAGUAAAUCGACCCUCCCAUUCUUGGCAGACACUCGUUACAGUAUCCAAUACAUCCAAAAGUUACACAAGCAAGGAGUGACCCAGCCAAUGGACGACUUGAUUGCAGCCUGGAUCGAGAUCCAAAGCGGACAAUAUCAAGACAAAAAAUCAUUCUUUUACCUCGGAGGAUUGCACGGCGAGCCCUUUGAAUACCGUGACCAAGUUGAUAAGUUGGACCCUAUCAAUCAGUAUACCUACUGGGGAGGCUAUUGCCAGCACGGCAACGUUCUCUUCCCCCUCUGGCACCGAAAGUACAUCCUCGCGCUAGAGGAAGCUCUCCAAUCGGCAGUGCCUGGCGUAAUGUUGCCAUUCUGGGACGAGACUCAGACCGAGUUUGAUCUUGCCACGGGGAAAGAGACGUAUCGUGGCCUUCCAACCGCCUUUACCGACACCACCUACACCUUUACUGACCCAAAGUACAAGGAAAAAAUUUCCGUCGGAGACCAAUUCAAGGAUUGCCUCAAGGCACCCAACUACACAGUCUUUUCCAACAUCACAUCUGCCAAUGCCUACAGCAGCUCUGAAAAGGGUCACGAAGUUGUGGCAUUGGAGGAACCACACAACCAUGUCCAUCUGGCUGUAGGUGUGUUCUCGGCAAGUAUUGGUGAGGGUGGACCAAACCCAGUCCUAAUCCCUGAACCACUCGCCAAGGGCUCCUCUUCCGACAAAACCGAAUUCUCUGGUCUCGUAGAUGGAGCAGCAGGUGACAUGGGAGAGAACAACACCGCUGGUCUCGACCCCAUCUUUUUCUUCCACCACUGUAACAUUGAUCGUGUGUUUUGGAUCUGGCAAAAGCUUCACGGAGCCACCAAGGAUCUCCCUAUUAUCGACAACUACCCUGGAACCCUCAGUACUGACGGUGGGAAUGGACCUACCCAUGGCUUUGGACUCUUCCAAAAGCUGACCCUGGAUACCCCUCUCUUGCCUUGGGCAGAAACCAGUGGCAGAAUGGUCACCAAUAUCGCCGACUUGAAGUACUCUUAUGGUCCUGGAUCACUCGACAAUGUCACUCUCGAGCCUCCCACUCCCAACAAGAGAACCGUUACCUUCUCGGGCAUCAAUCGUGAGUUGUUCCAGGGAUCCUUUAUUCUCAUUGCCUGGGUCAUUGUCAAGGGCAUUGAAUACUAUGUCGGCCACAAGUCAGUUUUGAGUCGUUUCAACGUCCGUGCCUGUUCCAACUGUAUUGGAAAUCUCGAGGUCUCUGCUCGUUUCAGUUUAGACCAUUUGCCCUCGCACAUCACCAUGGAUGAUCUCAACCACGAGUCGACCGUCAAGAAACUUGUCAUCCAAUUCCGUGGCCACCAACACACCAUGACUCUUCCACUUGACCCCAACGACAAGGAUUUUGUACCUGCCCCAUAUACCGAGGCUCCCAAGCAAACUUCUCUCGAGAACAUUGAAGACAUUGUAACCAAUGCAACCGUCAAAUCGCAUCUUGUCGCUUCCCCAACCGAUGUUCCAAGAAGUGCCCAACUCCCAGCUGCUCUUCAACAUUCUAUUAGAUCUACUUUCAAAGAGCAAUAA